GCCCAGGACGUGCCGGUAAUGCCAUCCGAUUUUAGUUUGACUGAUCGUAUAAGCGCUUGUUCAUCCUGAUAAAAACUUUCCAGACCACAAUGGAACGGAAGAAAGUCUUACUCAGUCUUAAAACAGGAACGUCAAAGAAGAGAUCAGAGGAAUCAACAUUAGAAGGAAUGACCUCACAGAAUGGAAGUCUCAAGAAAGCCAUUUUGAGGGAAAGUACAUCAAACAAAACUACUUUGUCAAGAAGUAGAAAUAACCUCGCUACUGAGGAGAAAUCAAAGGCUCACGAUGAAAGCUUUGACUUCCACUGUUCUUUUGAAACUAAUUCCAGUGCAGAGCAGGAUAAUGACAUUCCUUCUACUCAACCAGUAUCACAUGACCAAAUACUGGAAGGUGUUGUAGCAUUCAUUGAGGUACGGUCAAAUACUGAAAACAGAUUUGAUGGAAUUUCAAAACAAGUGGAAAUGCUUGGAGCAACAGUUGUCAAGAAGCUUACUCCAGAGGUUACACAUGUGAUAUUUAAGGAUGGCAAGAGGACAAUCAGGGAGAGGGCACUUAAGAAGGGAAUCUACUUGGUGUCUGUUCUUUGGGUUGAGAGCUGUCGGCAGAGUGGAAAACGUGUAUCUGAGGACCUCUUCCCAGUUAUUUCACCUGAGGAGGCUGCCACACCAUUGUUGGUGGGAAGACUCAAGAGAACAAAAUCCAUGCAACCCAAAGCCUUUGAAGAAGAUGUUCAAAACAGUGCUGACAGGGGAGACAGAAGGAGAAGGAGAAAGCUUCAGGCAGAGAAUUUAACACCCACAGCUGUGAUUUUCUGUGCAGAAACUCAAGAUCCACAUAGUCCAUUAACUUUCAACUCUCCCGUUACACCCCAUAUCGUACCAGACACACCCAGUCAAAAAAUGGAAAAAUCACCAUUUAUCAAAGCACUCAAUUACGAUGACGAAUCGCCAGGGGAACCAAUCGCAUCGGGAAAAGACCACACUGACCAAUUGUCAGACAUUAACCAAGAAAUCCCGUCAAGCAUCAGCAAACUUAAAAGAAGGCUGCUGAGCAAGAGUACUCCAUCAAAUCUACCCACCCCUCCCGUGGAACAAAAAGAGACCCCAUCCGGGCAGAUUCGAAAAACACCGAAAGAUGUGAUACUGACAGGCUCUGAACAAGGCAAGAAAAGAAAGAGGCAGGAGUCGACCAGAGAAGCACUAAACGAAGACAUCAAGGCAGGUGUUGCAAAGCGAAAAAAGAAAACCAAAGUUGUAGAGGAAGUGCAGCGUGAGGAAAUAGACCAUGAAGAACUUAUAACAGAUACUGAACGCACAAAGUCGACCGUACAAAAUAUAUCUGAUGCUAAAAAGGGAAGAAAGGAGAGAGCAUCACAGGCAAAAGAAGAUGAAAAAUGCGUCACAGCAGGAACCGACGAUGGAAAGAAAAAGCAAGACAGUGUUUCAAGGAAAAAGAAGACUCCAGCUAAGCCAGGAAAGAAAUUCCCUUCAGGUCACAAUUCAGAUCAAACUGGCGAAAAUAUCGAUUCAGACUCAGGCGUGUCCGUUACAGAAAGUAACAGAAAAUCCUCACUGGUUAAUAGGGUGUCUUUUCGUCAUAAGAGGUUUUCUAAGACAGAGGAGUUGGUUGGCCAAGCAACUAAAGCAGUGGAAUUUGAUGACUCUCUUGUUACGGAAGACAAUGAAAGACAACAUGAAAACAAUGUUAAAGCAAAAUUGAAUGUGAGUAAGACAGAGAAGAAUUUACUGCGGAAAAAUACAGUCAAGAAGGUUAAAUUAGUGAGUCCAGCGAAAUUGGAAAGUCAGGUUAGUAUUGGUAAAAACAAAGGAAAAGACGGAUUUGACAUCAAGAGCAGUGUGUUGCAGCAAAAUGAUGAAAAUAUGAAGAGUGGAAGGCUGUCUUCUGAGGAAUCUCAAAGUGAUGACGAGGACGCGGAUGCUGAAGGCAGCACGUGUACAGAGGAAGAUGAACAAGAACCCCACCUGAAAAAUGAUCGGAAAACGGAGAGAAAACAGCGCACAAAGCUUGUCAAAAAGGUUAAGCCGAAGCGAUCGAUUGUGAUGACAAGCAUGCAUUUUGGUGAGCAAGAUAUUGUUCUGUCUGUCGUACGUAAACUGGGCGGAUUCUUUAUCGAAGACCGAGUCUCUUCUUCUACUAGUCACGUGAUCGCUGGAAGUCCUCGCCGCACCCUAAACGUUUUAAUGGCUAUUGCUCAAGGAUCAUGGCUCGUGUCAUCAGCUUGGGUGAUGAAAUCUCUAGAAGUUGGUUAUUGGGUGGACGAAGAACCCUAUGAAUUAUCAGACGCAUUUCCUGCUGCACAGCUUUGCCGGCUGGAACGUAUCAGUGCUGGGCCGGGUUACCACCAGGAGCUCUUUGCUGAGUGUCCACCGAUGUAUGUCUCUGAAAACUGCGCGCCUCCGAGUGACUCUUUGACCUCCUUGAUAGGCCUCUGUGGUGGAAAGGUUAGUACCUCUAUUAGAAAUGCUGGAAUAUGCAUCGGCUCAAUGGCAAGGAAAACACAAGUUGUGAACGUUACAGAACAGUGGAUUCUCGAUUGUAUUACACAACACGCUGUCCUGCCUUUUGCCAGCUUUGCUCUUAACACUCCAGCAAAGCGAAGACGAGAGGCAAGUCCAAGCUACUAAAGGUGAUUGUUUGUCAAAGUAACUCUAGAGACCGAACGUGCACGGAAUUCUGUCAGCUCGCUGCUACAACAAUCCUGACCGAAUAGCGCAUUGCUAGACCUGGCUGAAUGAUGUUCCCCUGCAACACUUGCCAAGGAUAUCAGAUGGUAUUCUGAGAUCAUUACUAUGCAAAGCAUUUCAAUGGCAAUUUGUAUUAAACUUCUUGCCAAAGCUGGGAAAUGUAGAUUUUGGCCGGCACUUGCAGUCGUAGGGAAAUUCAUGAUAACUUCAUCAACGGUGAAAAACAUUUUGUAUUUUCUACAUUUGCACGUCACUCAGAGUUUCGCUUUGUGUAUAACCCUUUAUAAAGUUUUGUACAAUGUCAGUUUAAAGCUCAAGUGUCGUAUGAAUUACAAGAGAAUUCGGCGUUUGUCGGAGCAUACAAAAUAUGUCGUCUCAAACACGACAAUAUGAUUGAACUUGGUGCCGAAGGAGAAUCAGUGAGGAUUUUAGCAUGCACUUACUCCGAGGUGCAUUUUACCAGAUAACUUCAGUCAUCAACUGUGGCAGAGAUACUUGCACUGAUGACGGACUUUUGCAAUGGAGGGAAUUUUAUACGUUUUAUACUACGUUGCAUUAAAUUCAAUGAAGUGUGUGUCAUAAGGAAUCCAAGCAAAUCCGCAUUAUCGAAAAUGUUCGAGAGCUGUCUUCGAAGGAGGGACUUCACAAUUUUAUAAUGUCUUAUUAACUUGUUGUAAACUAUCUCAGCUUCCAGUAAGUUACAGAGCAGCUAGGGAAAAAGGGGAUUUAUGUAUGAAUCAGAUGUGAAAAUGUUGCCAAUUCAAAUAGAUUCCAGUAUGUUGAUUAA